AUGUUGACGAAAUACUAUCCAUUGUGGUGCCCAGAAGCCACCAAAAGGCAGCCUGCUCAGCCGCCGGCUUUUGAUUUUUGGUUGAGCUCGCUUCGCUCCCCUGAGUUCAAAGUCAAUGUGCAACAGCACAAAGGCCAUGACUACCAGAGGUUCUACACAGAGGCCUACAAAAAAAAGCACCUGAAGGUUCUGGACAUUGUUGAGAUUGACCAGGUCAAAGAGACCUUCACUGCAACCUUCAAGAUGGAAUUCGAUUAUGUGGAUCCAACCUUGAUCACCACCUGGCAAAUCAUCAAGUACCUAAAGACUGAAGGUCCGACAACUUCAGUCGUGACGGUCGAAGCACACAUCUUGGGUUAUGAACCUGGAGACUCUGAAAAGCAGAAGGUUGUCCUCGGCAAAGGGCACAAAACGACACGGGACAUGGAAGACACUAUUUGCAAAGAUGACUUGCAAGUGGAGUAUGACCGCUAUCUUUCAGUGCCCAAAAAGGACCUGCUGAGCGUGAGUCUUCCAGAAAGACACAAUUGGCAAGACCACGUGGCUUUGAAGUGGUCCUUGAUGAACGCGGUGCUCACUCGGCAUGAACUCAUGUGCGAAGAUCAGCAGAUUAAUUUCUUUGACGAAUAUGGUGGUCAUGUCACACGCUGGUGGAAGAUGCAGGCCACGUUCAGCGACCGCCUUCAUUUGGAGAAUAUGCCGUUCGAUCGGCAGCUGUUGCGCAUCCAGGUUGUUGGCGAGAUUCCAACCUACAUGAUGAAAUUUGAGCCCCUGCUUGCAAGAGCUGGAAAUUUAAAGACUGUCGAAGCGAGGGAAGACCGCAACCUUCCAGUUCAGUGGACAGUGGAAGAUGCACCGCCCGUACAUCUACAGGUCAUCAAAGAGCAUGGAGAGUUUAGUCGUGCCAGGUUUGAUUUGCACAUCUAUGUUGAGAGGAACCCAAGGUUCUACACCAUCAAUGUAUGUCUGUUCGUGUGGCUAUUCACAAUGGGCACAGGUGUGGCCUUCACCCGUGGAACCGGCACAUACAGAGAUGGUCACAAGAAGAUGGACUGCCUAUUGACUCUUCUCUUAACGACAGUGGCUUACAAGAUAAUUCUUGCUGCAUGGCUGCCAGUCAAACCAUACCUUACAAAGCUUGAUUGCUACCUAGUGCUUUGUUUUUGCUUCCAAGUGCUGGUGAUUGCCUACGUUGCCUUUCAAGACUUUUGGGACGCAAAGGCAGAAUCCAUUCUCAACAAAGACGGUUUCCUUUGGCAGUAUGGCUAUGAAUUUGGAGCUUCGUGGGUGUAUGGCACCUGCUUCCUUGGGCACUUAUGCUUGGCAACAAUGAUCCAUUUCGACUGCAAACGUGGAAUUCUGCGGAGGGAGAGCUGGCACGAAGUGUACAAGAGGAAAUUUGUUUGGCCACCAGGCACAUCCUUGAAAGGUCACCUUGUUGGUGAUCCGCCCGAUGAAAGGGCCGGCAAACCUGAAGAGUCGGACGAUUCAGAAAGUGAGGCUUUCAACUGUUUUUUCGAAAAAACAGAUGAGGCUUCAGUGACGGCUUCAGGACCUGAUGAGGAUUCAGAUGGAGAUCACCAAAAGCUGCUCAUUGCCUGA